AUGGAAGAGGGAAAAGGAAGAGUUUGUGUAACUGGAGGCACAGGGUUUAUUGGGUCAUGGAUCAUCAAGAGAUUACUUGAGGAAGGUUACAGUGUCAAUACCACUGUUAGAUAUGAUCCAGAUGGCAAGAGAGAUAUCAGCUUCCUGACAAAUCUUCCACGUGCAGCCGAAAAGUUAAAGUUUUUCAAUGCUGAUCUGAGUAAUCCAGAGAGUUUCAUUGAAGCAAUUGAAGGGUGCUCUGGGGUGCUCCACACUGCCUCUCCAAUGGACAUAAAAUUGAGCGAACCAGAGGAAGUGAUGACCAAAAGAAGCAUUGAUGGAGCAUUAGGCAUUCUGAAAGCAUGCCUGAACUCAAAGACAGUGAAGAGGGUUGUGUACACUUCCAGUGCUUCUGCUGUUUAUUGGCAAGACAAAGAUGAUGAUGUGAUGGAUGAGAGUUAUUGGAGUGAUGAAAAUCUUCUUAGAGAUUUGAAGCCCUUUGCUUGGUCAUAUUCAAUUUCAAAGACAAUGGCAGAGAAGGCAGUUCUUGAGUUUGGAGAAAAACAUGGGUUGGAUGUUGUCACUCUCAUUCCUACUUUUGUUCUUGGACCCUUCAUCUGUCCUAAGCUACCUGGCUCUGUUUAUACCACUUUGGCUUUCUUAUUUGGUGAGAAGAAUCCAUUUGGUGCCUCUCGUCUUCACAUGGUGCAUGUUGAUGAUAUUGCUCGAGCACAUAUAUUCCUGCUUGAGCAUCCUAAUCCAAAAGGGAGAUAUAAUUGCUCACCAUUCAUUGCAACUGUGGAGGAAAUAGCAGAACUUCUUUCAGCCAAAUACUCAAAUUUUCACAUAUCAAUAGACGAGGUGAAGAGAUUUCACGAUGUCAAGCUUCCACAUUUAACAUCGAAGAAACUUAUGGAUGCUGGAUUUGAGUUCAAGCAUAGCAUGGAGGAAAUGUUUGUUGAUGCAAUUGAAUGCUGCAAAGAAAAGGGUCAUUUAUGA